UAAUCUUGUAGAUGGGUUAGCGAGGACAAGCCCUUUUUCGAUCCAACAAACCGGUAAAAAACCGUUUCAACAGUAUUUGGAAUUUCCGUGACCAAAACGGUUCAACCACACCAGAAAGGAGAAAAUGAAGAAGGAAGACACAGUGAAACUCAUCAGUUCCGAUGGUUUCGAAUUUGUCGUAGACAAAGAAGCUGCCAUGGUUUCUCAGACCAUUCGCAACAUGCUUACCUCUCCAGGGAGUUUCGCUGAAAGGCAGCACGGAGAAGUGACUUUUCCUGAGAUCAGCACCACCAUUCUUGAGAAGAUUUGCCAGUAUUUUUACUGGCAUCUUGAAUUCGCUAGUGGAAAGGACAGAGAAUUUCCUAUUGAACCUGAAUUAACUCUGGAGUUAAUGAUGGCUGCCAAUUACCUACAUACUUGAGCAUAUUGACUUCCCCAAGAAGAAACUUUUUCCUUGUUCGGCUAUGGAAAAGUAUAAGUUCCUAUCAUUGUUGCCGUUGUAAACUGUAUCCUUGCAGCAAAUAGAAUAUACAUGUAAUCUUUGUAAUAAAAUGAUAUUAGAUUGAGCUUGUUAGACUAACCUGAUUGAUAUCGUGUCUAGCUUUUAUGUAAUGCUGUUUCACUAGUUAUUUAGUUCUGCCACUUGGUCAUACUUUGCACAAAAGUGAAGAUUGUGUAUGUAGCAAAUAAUUUGUCAAAUCUUUAGUUAUACGUCUAACAAUUUGUCUGAGUGUUGAACUA